CAUCACCCUUUGUCCAUGUUACCACACAAGUUCCACUCGCCUCGAUAAAUUCGCUCCAAAUCGAGUAUAAUUUAUAUCUAAUAUUCCUUGCCUGUUGGUUAAUUUUUCGCUAUAGAUAGGUCCAUAAUGUGAAUAUCCCUUGCAACUCCAUUACAAGCCCAGGUACAAUACCAGCCUAGCUCCACUUGACUAAAUCCUUCGUUCCGUGGAGCUGGGAUAUUCACCUUAGCUCCAAUCAUAGCCAACGCAAUAUUAAAGAAACCCAAUGCGCUCCCGUUCUAUAUUUCAUCUUUGAUAGAUCUUUCUAUAACUUCAUGAAGUUGUGGUUUAAUAAUCUCAACUAUGGAGGUCAAGGGCACCUAUUUCAUCGUGCUCCCCAUAGUGGGGGCCAUUAUUGUAGAUUUCUUCUUUCGCUUAUAUCGUCGGCGGCAACGCUUCAGAGACUUGCCAAAACCUCCUCACAGCUUCCUAUGGGGUCAUCUCAAACUCAUGGGCGAGAUUGCGGGACAGUUACCGCCAAACUGUCACCCACAAUCGUACAUCACCGCCAUUGCUCAGAAAUAUGACCUAAAGGGUAUUUGGUACCUUGACUUAUGGCCGAUAGCAGAUCCACAGGUUAUUUUGACAGAACCGGAACUUAUGGACUCGGUACAGGUGACGCGCGUGUUUAACCAGCAUCGUAUCUCACAGGAACUCAUGUCGGGGAUCAUUGGUGAUAACGUUGUUUCGACUGUCAAUGGCCCGGUAUGGAAAAAGUUACACAAUUCUAUGGCCCCGGCAUUGCUCCCAUCCCACGUCAGAACGCUCACUGGUGUUAUGGCCGACGAGACACUUAUCUUCCGCGAGAGGUUAAAAAAACUUGCCAGCACCGGCGAAGUGUUUUCUUUGGAGGAUGAGCUUGCGAAACUGUUAUUUGAUAUCGUGGGAAAGGUCGUUUUCAAUUUACGUCUUCACGCUCAAACCAAGGGAAGCCCGUAUCAUGAGGACCUGGUGGAGAUCAUCAAAUUGGUUAAUGAACAAUUGUCGAUGAACCCGUUCAUCAAAUUGAAGGUGGCUUUUAAGAAGCGAGCUGUUAGGCAGCGAGUUGACGCUGCAGUUACCGAAAAAGUCCUAGAGCGUUUAGCGGCCUUAAGAAGCGAGAACAUCGUACCGUCACGAAAGGAUCCUCUUAGCAUUGUCGACUUGAUGCUUCGUGAAACAGUUCUACAAGAUGGAUCCCGCAAAGGUACGAAAGCCAUGGAACUUCCUAAGGAGGAGUUGGACUUAUUGGUAACGAAUGUCAAAGGCUUUCUGCUUGGUGGAACUGGCACUACUGUUGAUAGUCUAUGCUUUACCUACAUGCUCCUAUCGAAACAUCCCGAAAUUGUCCAGAAAAUGCGAGAGGAACACGAUGCUAUUUUUGGUAAAAACCUAGCGACAACUCUAGAAACUCUUAAGGAAUCCCCAAUCAAACUCAAUGAACUCGAGUACACGACAGCAGUGAUCAAAGAGGGUAUGAGGUUAUUCCCCGUUGGGUUUGGGGUCAAAGAAGCACCAGCAGGCGCGAAAGUAUCUUACCAAGGCCGCGAAUAUCCUGUUGAUGGUGGCUUGGUAAUUGUACCUUGCUGGCACACAAUGCACCACGACGCUCGAUACUUCCCCGAACCCGGUACAUUCCGUCCUGAGCGAUUCCUAGGCGAUGGUGUCCCCCGCGGUUGGUUCCGAAGCUUCUCUCGUGGUCCCCGAGGAUGUCUAGGCCAAGACUUAGCCAUGGAGGACAUGCGUGUGAUACUGCUUUUGACUAUACGGGAUUUUAAUUUUGAAUGCGCUGGGCUUAAGCCCAACCCAAAGCCCAAAGCGACUUAUACCGACCUUGAUACAGUUUUUGGUGACGCCGCAUUCCCAAUGCUAGCGAUGGAGGCCAAGCCAAGGGAUGGUAUGAUGAUGACGAUUAAAGAGAGUGGAUUUAGUUCAUGAAAUCAUUUGAUGGUUGAGAUAAAACACGAGUACUUACUUGAAAGCAUGUAGGAAAAAGAAGAGGUUAUUCACACAUCUCGGUGAUUUGGUACAUAUUCAAUCUGCUGGUCAGCAAAAUUUAGGCAGAACCCGUAAAAUCACUCGUAACUCGCUUUUUGCUGUAUAAAUGUAUGUUAGAUUUAUAUAGGAUGGAAUGAGAACCUAACAGCCUCUGAAUGGCAAUAAAUGCCGUCUAAAUGUUAUCAGACCCAAAACGGACCGAUAGUUGUCUGAUUCUCGUCCAUAAUAACUC